UAUGAAUAACCACAUGUUCGUGUACGCCUUUAGUUAUUAUGAUAUUAUAAAAUUCAUAAUGUUGCUAUUUUUUACCAUGCAUAUCAUUAUCAAGUAGGACAAGUGUGUAUAUGUGUCUUACUGUGAUAUUUCUAUCACAGUAAGACUGUUUUUACCCUAAAAUGAGUUCCAGUCUAAUACAUGCAGCAAAGACAUUGAGGCCUCUGAAUUGUUUAGAAGUCGCAGGAUUCGGAAGAUAUGCUCUAAUUUUUCUCAACCAACCCACGAAGGUCGAUAUUCUUAAAAGACUUUGGAAGAAAGCUGUUUUCAGAGCUUCUGUUGAUGGUGCUACAAAUCAAAUUUUUCUGGAUGCAGAAAUUCAAAAUUUGGUUCCAGAUUUGGUAUCUGGUGACUUUGACUCAAUUUCCACUGAUGUUCUACAGCAUUGCAGAGAUAUUGGAUGUAAAGUUGUAACAACUGAAGACCAGAAUGAAACAGAUUUCACCAAAUGCUUACGUCUUGUAUCACAGCAACUUCAGGAAUGCAAUAAUAAUAAGGUUGACUACAUAGUAGCAUUGGGUGGGCUUGGAGGCCGCCUAGAUCACACCUUGGCUAGUGUGAAUACGCUCUACAAAGCAGCAAAACUCAGCUCAGCACAAGUAUACCUCAUUGGAGAGGAAUCUCUUGCCUUGCUUCUUACUCCGGGUAAGUACAUAAUUGAAGCAAACACUGGAUUUGAGGCUGAUUGGUGUGGUUUAGUCCCUGUGGGCCAACCCUGUCUGAAUGUUACUACAACUGGUCUGAAGUGGAACCUGACUAAUCAGAAACUAGAAUUUGGCAGUUUGAUCAGCACAUCUAAUACAUACGCUGAUGAUCAAAGGAUUGUGACUGUUGAAACUGACCAGCCAUUGUUAUGGACAAUGGGGAUAAAGAUGACUUUACUGUAGUUUUUGAAGUGAUAACGCAAAAAAAUUGGCAAGCGUCCAAAUCAAGGGAUCACCUAGUGGUUCCUGUGAAAUGCCUUACUGACCAAGAUAUUUUAGCAUAUUAUUUUAAGAUAGUAAAAAUAGUGCUUUUAGACCACAAUAUUAAUGAAAUACAUUGUUGGUAGUCUAACAGUAGGUUGAAUGUUUAUCCAAAGCGUAAAAUUGCCACCUUAACCCUCACUGUAUCUGUGUAAUUUCAGUCUGGGAACAAUACAGAGGCAUAUCAAUGGGCCCCUAAAAAAUGGUUCUCGCCACUGAAAUUCACUGUUAAAAAAUUGCACUUGUUAAAUAACGAUUUUAAAUCAAGACACAGUAUGGCAAUUUAUACACACACAGGCAGUGUCUGCGAAAAAGAAAAUUUAGUCAAAAAGUAACCAACCAAUAACAUCACUUUCAAGUUAGACCCCUCAUAUUUUGAUCAUGCUCCUCUACCAGCCUUCCUCCAUGUUAAUACCUCUAAAUAUGCCACUGAAACAUUAAACAUUUUAUUUAGGGUUUUAAAGUUGACGAAGCUUAGAGUUUUCAUGACUGCAAUUUUAUGUACUCGUUCAGAAUACAGGGGCACAAUUUGUUUGCUAUUGUAUCUACCAUUUGGAUUAGCAUAGUCUCAGGUUGACUGGUAUUUAUGUUUUUAGUAUCAUUACUGAUCAAGUAAUACUAGAAUCUAGCCUUGAUUGUAUUAUGUAUGCAUUUUUUUUGUAUCACAAAGUAUUAAUAAUAAUAAAUGCUGUAUUUAUAUAAAAAUUUAGUUUAGUGUGAAUUGCAUUAACCCUCAAAUUUCAAAGUUUCAAGCAUUAAUAAAAAAAAAAGAAAAACACUAAAAUGUGAUGAGGCCAAAAAAGCAUGGAUAUUUGAGUAUUAGGGUUCUUGCCAACAUCACUCAUUCCAGGUACUAUAUUAUGUUAUGUAAAUAGACAGAGAUAAAAUUGCUGUAAGUUUUUUUAAUUGGAGCCUUGGGAACUUGGAUUUUUAAAAAAAGAAGCUUCGAUUGAGUUUGGGCAACAGAAAUUUUUUUUUUUUUGGGCUCAUGGAGUUUACUUGUAACAAUAUUUUGACACCACAACAACUUGGGUCUUUUAUCCUUUAUUAACACUCAAAAUAUUUUACUUUGCUUAAGCUGGGCACAUGUUAAAGCCUUGUCUAGACUAUCAAACUGCAUAUGACAUGCCUAAAUAAAGUAUGACUAUAUAUGGGCAUACAACAGUUUUUGUCAAAGAAAAUUUGAUAGUAUGGACAGCACUUAACACAUUUUUGUCAGAAUCAAUGAAUGACUUGAUCAAAUAGAGUAUCAUCAAGCAUACAACAGAAAAAAUGACUAUUAAUAAGACAUGCCUAAAU